AUGAUAAUUAUUUGGUAUAGAAUAUUUUUUUCUUUAAUUUAUUCUUCGAUUAUUGUAUCAUCAUUAUUAAAUCAAUCAAUAUUUCUUGAUUCAAUUCAUCAAAAUAUUCAUGAUGAUACAUCAUUAGAUAAAUUUUAUCGAAAUAUUUUACGUGAUGUAAAACAUCAUCGAUCUGUUGAUACUGUUUAUUCAUCAAUAAAUGUAACAAAAAUUCGAUCAAAUGAUUAUGAUGAAGAAUAUAUAAAAAAUUCAUGUUAUGAAACAGCAUCUGAUUUACUCUAUGCUCAUGGUUAUAAUAGAACUAAUGUUCAAUUAUCAAUCAAUGAUAUUCAAUCUCUUCUUCCAGCUAUUUUAUAUAGUAUUGAAAAUCCCGGAUGUAUACGACAAGCACCUCAAUCAAAAUCAAAUUCAUUUUUUGAUGUAUGGAUAUUAGGUUUAAUAGUAGUUAUUGUUAUAAAAUUAAUUCAUGUAAUUAUAUUUUUUAUUGGUGGUGAUCAUUGUUUAUCAUUAACAUCAGUGAGUGUUUCAAAAACUUUAUCAGAAGAAAAUGGAACAAGAGAUAAUACAAAAACUACUAUUCGUUUUCCACCAUUAAUAUAUCGUCUUUGGUUAGGUCUUGGUUUUAAUGCAUUUACAUGUGGUCUAAUGCUUGGAACAAUUAUUUAUCAUUUAAUUCCUCAUAUUUAUGAAGUACCAAAUGAAAGUUUUGAUUAUAUUUAUCUUUUUCGAGCAACAAUUGUAUUUUUUGGUGUUUAUUUAUUUUUUAUUGUCGAAAAACUUCUUCGAUUUCGAUUUAAAAUUGAUGAAAUGCAUUUAAAUGAAACAAAUGAUGAUCAACAUGAAUUAAGAAAAUUAUCAGAUUCAUCUAUGAUACAAAUGGCUAGAAUGCAUGGAACAUUACAUGCUAGUGGAGAUGAUGAUCAUCAUUAUAGACAUUCAAAUCCACCAGCAAGAAUACCAUUACAUGAUGAUAGUGAUGAUGAAGAAGUUAUUUUACAAUCAAAUCAAACUCCUCUUAAUAAUAAUAAAAAUACAUUACAUCAUCAUCAUCAUUCAACAAAUGAACUUCCUCAUCAAAAACGUAAUCUCAUAUUAUAUCAUAUAAUUAAUGAUUUUUUCAAUGAUCUCAUCUAUGGUUGUGGUUUAUCAACAGCCAUAGCACAUAAUCGUCUGAUUGGUUUAAUUUUAAGUCUUAUGAUAUUUAGUGAAGGAUUUCGACGUCAUUCACAAACAAUUUCAUCAAUGGGUAGAAAACGUGGUCUUUUCUUUCUUAUUAUUUCAAUAUUUUUUCUUCUACUUGGUUAUUUAAUUGGUGGAAUUCUUAUGGAAAUUAAUCAACGAUUUGAUAAUAAUAUAGUCUAUAUUCGUACAGAAUAUAUCUAUUCAAUCGUAUAUGGUGCAUUAUUUUAUACAGCACUUGUAACUUUGAUUCCUGAAUUGAAUGAUUUUGGUCAUCAUUUACAAGUAAUUCUCAAACAAACAAAUCAAACAUCAAAACAACGUCGUUUAAUAAAAACACUUAUUCUCAUAUGUCAAAAUCUUUUUCUUAUAAUCGGUGUUAUAAUUGCUUUAGUAUUAGCAUCAGUUUGGCGCUAUUAUCAUCGUAUAAAUAUUUAUGAUUAUGUUUGUAGUCGAGAUGUAUCUCGAUGGUUUUGUCGUAAUCAUUAA